GUUUAUACCUCUCGACUCGAGAAUGACGGGUUAGAACAGCACAAGAAAACAUAAAUUACAGAUGUACUACCAAAAACAAAUGUGAACGAACUUGCACAAACGAAGUACCAACUUUAUAAAAUCGAAAUUUCGGAAAACUUCGAUUUGUUUAAUUGCCUGUCGAGAAGUCACGUGACCAACGCUUGAAUCACGAUUGUGACGUGUGGCUAAUGAAUUUGUGAGGAUAAAUUGCUAACGGUGAGAUGGCUAACUGGAUGUCAAUGUUAACACAGGAUCCAGAAGAGUGUUUGUGGACACAGAGAAACUCUACAUAAGCGUUUCAGCCGUACAUGGAUGUUCCCCGCUGGACAGGUGGUCUCUCUGCGUCCAGUGGUAUAGCUUUGUUGAGGAACGUGUCGUGCGGGGGGGUCCUGGCCGAUCACCUGUGGCGAACCGGACGUCCUCUGUUCAUCACACUGGGUAACCAGGAGGCCAGCAGUCCCGCGGACGCCAUGGCCCAGACUUACACCCCCCAGUACGCCCCUCAGAACGGAAUCCCUGCAGAGUUCACAACACAGCACGCCCUUCCCACGCAAGAUUACACGGGACAGAGCCGUGUCCCCGAUCACAGCCUGACCAUCUACACGCCAACGCACAGCGAGCUGCCCAAUGGUGACAUCAACACGCCGGCCAUUUCCUCCAGUACCAACAACACAACGACAGAUGACGUGACGCAAACAGUAGUUUCCCAGCAGGUGAUGCUGUCAGACUCCACGGAGAAACAGCAGCCCAAGAGGUUACACGUCUCCAACAUUCCCUUCCGCUUCCGGGACCCUGAUUUGCGGCAGAUGUUUGGGCAAUUUGGAAAGAUCUUAGACGUGGAGAUUAUCUUUAAUGAAAGGGGAUCAAAGGGCUUUGGCUUUGUAACGUUUGAAACGAGCUCAGACGCAGACCAUGCACGGGAGAAACUAAACGGUACAAUCGUAGAAGGACGAAAGAUUGAGGUGAACAACGCCACGGCCAGAGUCAUGACCAAUAAGAAGGCACUAAAUCCUUACACAAACAGUUGGAAACUGAAUCCAGUCGUAGGAGCCGUGUAUGGACCUGAGCUAUACGCAGUGACGGGUUUCCCGUAUCCGGCCGCGGGGGCGACGGUGGCUUACCGAGGAGCUCAUCUGAGAGGCAGAGGUCGAGCUGUUUAUAACACCUUCCGUACGGCUCCUCCUCCUGCACCCAUCCCUGCAUACGGAGCAGUUCUGUAUCAGGACGGAUUCUACGGCGCUGAGAUCUACGGUGGUUAUGCAGCGUACAGAUACACACAGCCCACGACAGCUACAGCUUACAGUGACAGUUAUGGGAGAGUCUAUGCAACAGCAGAUCCAUAUAAUCACACCAUCAGUCCUGCAACCGCUUACAGUGUGGGUACCAUGGCUAGCCUGUACAGAGGAGGCCACAGUCGCUUCACGCCGUACUAAACAACGACAGCAAACAAACAAACAAACAAACAGACAAAAAGCACUGAACUCUUUGUUGGAGUUUGGUUCAAUCUAAAAUGCUUCCAGGUCACAGCGACGACCUCAGCUCACCUACAUCCUCUCGAACCCGAUGGCUCCGACGAUUGAGGACCGCGGUUGAUUUUGAAGAACAUGUACAGAACUGAUCAACGGAGAAAUCGCCGGAUUAAAGCGAACGAGCUUUUGUUUAUAAUGUUGGCAAUGUUUACAUAUUUCUAUUUCUAUGCUGUUUGAUUGUCUCUCACAUUAUGACUUUGUGUUUCUAAAUGCGUCAUUAUUGUUAUUAGCGUAACGAAACCAUCUUUAUUAUCUACUGUAUAUAUCAGCUGGUGUCCGUUUAGACGUGAUAUAUCUCAGGAUCCUCUCUUACUUUUCGCUGAAUUCACGUUCACCCCAGCAACCUCCCAAUUCUCCCCUCGGAUCUGAAAGCGCUGACCUCAGUGAUGUAGAACAGCACUUUGUGUAUGAAAAAGACGUGACUUUUAUUUUGGAAGACGUUUAAUGGGAGGUCUAUGCAUGAUAUAAUACUGAUAAUGGGUGUUUGAAACCCCACAGGGUUCAGAUUUACCAUUGAAAGCAGCGAGCAGGUUUUACACACACAGAGUUUCUCAUCAAAUACAGAAUGAGAUUUAAAAGAGGAAUGAGACAGAGACAGAGAGGAGACGUGUGACCGAGAUCUGUCUGUGUGUAAAAACACAGGGAGAGAGAAUCAGAAAAAUGCAGCGUGUCUUCAUGUGUCCUUCCUCUUCUGCUGUCGUGUUUCUAGCACCUCAAUGAUAUUUAUGAAAUGCAGGUUUUAUUUCCUAAUGCGCACACACAGACUUCAGCUCUUUUCAUUACUAACAUGUCCUCUGUUAACGGCUGUAAAAACAUUUUUUUAAAUACAAUAUUCCAUUUGUUUCUGUAAUGAAUACUUCAUCCACACGUGAGUAUGUACUGUAGUAAACUGCAGUAUACCGUAGUGAUGACUACACUUUAGGAUUUUUAGUAUGAACUAUAUUAAAGUGAUAAACUGUAGUAAACAUUGUAGGAUACUUAAUAUCAGUGUUGGGUGUAACUAGUUACUAAGUGAUUACUUUACUUUUUCAAGGGAAAAGUAAUUCAAGUAAAGUAAGGGAUUACUCUUAUUUUUCUGUAAUUUAAUAAGUUACUUUUGAUGUAACUAAAUACUUUAUGUAAUAUAUGUGACCCGACAACAAAACCAUUCUUAUGAGUAAAUUUUUCGAAAUUGAGAUUUUACAUAAUCUGAAAGAUGAAUAAAUAAGAUAUUGAUCUAACAUCUAUUGAUGUUUGAGUUGUUAGAAUAGAAAUCAAAAUAUUGAGAAAACAAAUUGCCUUUUAAGUUGUUAAUCAUCCACCCACAAAAAUAAAGUUUUAAUAUAUUUAAGGUAGGAAAUGUACAAAAUAUCUUCAUGGAACAUGAUCUUUACUAAAUAUCCUGAUGAUUUUUGCCAUAAUAGAAAUUGUAAAUUUUGACCCAUACAAUGUGUUUUUGUCUUUUACUAAAAAUGUUCCUGUAAUACUGAAGACUGGUUUUGUGUUCCAGGGACACAUAUGUGUGUGCAAUAGUGGAAUUGACAUCUUAAUUCAAAGUCUAACUUUAAAAUAUGUGCUUUGGUCAGUUAACAAAACAACUUAAUUUAAAUGAAUUAAAAGAGCCGUUUCAUGUCUGUCCUUGAAUCACUUAACUGAUCAAGGUUGAUAUGGGAUAUAGAAAGAAAUAAGUAAUUAAAUACCUUAUUGAGAGAGUCAUUUGCACAGUAAUGUUAUGACAAUAUUGAAUAUGUAAUUCGUAACUAGUAACGCAUUACUUUUUCAGAGUAACUUACCCUACACUGAUUAAUAUAUACAGAAUAUAUAUAUAGAGCAUUUAUAAAAGUAAACUUUAGUAAAUCGUAGUAUACUGUAGUGUAUUAUAGUAAUCAAAAUACUUUUUUUGAAUGUAUACUACAGUAUUCUGUAGUACUAACCAUAGUCUGCAGCGUACUUUAAUAUUUAAAUACAAUAAUAUUUACUAUAGCACUGUGGGAUCUGGCAAUUCUACUACGGUUUACCAUAGUAAAUACUAUACUUGUAUACUAUAGUUUUUUUAUUUUUCUGUCUGUAUGCAAAAACUGAGUUAAGAAUCUUUAUUGGACAAAUGUAAAGAGUUUUUUUUUGCGUAGAAACCAUCAAAUUCUCUAAAGAUCCUCUACGGUUGUGUUUUGUACGCUCACGUGAACUAAAUCUCUUCAAGACUGAUCUCGGAUCAGAUGCUCGUCUGUUAUUCUGUCUGUGGUUGCGAGACAGAUUACAGACGAACUUCAGUGUUAAGGGCAUUGGACAUAGAGUACGAAAUUUGCGUCAGAAAUUUUGGCACGUUAAAAAAUAAAUGCGACCUCAGGUUGUGUCAAUCACAUUUACACACUGCCUCUGAUCAUUUUGUCAGUCAUAAAAGAUUCGGACUGCGUUUUUCGGAUCUGUAGCAAGCAUUUUGAGAGGCGUUUGGAAAAUUCAGAGACACCGUACAAACCAGCGCCAAAUAGGAAAAAACGCAUAUGAAAAUUUGGGACAGUAAGUGCAAAUAUCUUUACACAUAAAGCUUGUGUGCUUAAGAACUACAGAUCUCAACUACUCACUAGUUCUCCUUCAGAUGUCUCAUCGUAGCAGAGCUUGUAUAUUAUAGUACCGAUAUAAACCUCUUGACAUUUUUGUUUGUGAUAUAAAACCCACCAACCAAAGCGGAGAACAUAAACAUCUGAAUAUAUUCCUACUUCGCGUUAUUCUGAUUUUGAAUACGAUUCUUUUUAAAUGGGAUCUCUUGUAUGUGUAUCUGAAGGGUCGACACGCUGUAUCAUUUCUGAAAGGUGGAAAAUAUUCAGAAUCCAGUUUUCUUUCCAUCGUUCAUGUUUCCAUUCUUCUGGACCUCGUUGUUUACUACACAAAGCAAAAAAAAGAUUAUGAGUUGAAAAGACUAAAAAGACUCUUUGUAAAUACUUGUUUCAUAUACGUAUCUAUAUAGUGGAGUUUCUCUAUAUGUCUCAAAAAAAAUAUUCUUUAACUCAAUUUUGAUUUCUCCUUUUUCUUUAAUAUAUUUAACUGUAUGAUGUGGUCUUUUCUCCCAUGAUAUUUGAUGUUUAUAUAUUCAUUAUACAUACAUAUACUGUAUAUACAUUCGAGAUCAUUUUAAUUCAUGAAUAUAUCUACAUAAAAAAAGAGCUUAAUGUACCAGCGUUUGAACAUGUAAAACCAUCUGAGUGCUAGUUAUUUUACAAGAAACUAAAAUACAAUAAAUUGACUUAACAAUGACUUUUUAAGCAUUGUACUCUCUUUCUUUCUGUAAACCGACUUGAUGUGAGAUAAGUCUUUAAUUCAAUAAUAUUCAUCUGCUUGUGCUUCUU